GCACGGGCGCUGAUCCAUCCGCGCGGUGCUCAUAUAGAGCAAAGACCGAGUACGGAACAUAAGGAUGUAACGUUACCACGUUUUGACCCUGAAGGCACGGGCGCUGUUCCAUCCGCGUGGUACUCAUAUACAGAUGUGAUUUUGAAAGACUUCCCGAUACGAUAUAGUGCAUUACUUUCUGCUCUAAAUCGCGCCCUAAAGGGGUCUGCUGCGCAUUGGCUUUCACAAAUAGUGCGCGGUGGAAAGCUUUCCUGGCCAACGUUUAAGGAACAAUUCCUUUCGCGUUUUGGUGGCAGAGAGACAGCCGCCUCGGCGUUAAUAAUGAUAUCCAGAGAAAGACCGUCGGAGACCGAAACCCCAGGAGCUUAUGGUAGUCGCCUCCGUUCCAUGUUGCAGAUGAAGUUGCAAGAUCUAACGAUGCCCGAAGUAAUCAGUGCCUUAGCCCUUUAUAUGCUAAGCUCACAAGAUCAACACUUUCAACGAUUAACGCUCGCAAAUAAUAUCAAGACGGAGGAUCAAUUUUAUGAUGAAAUGAGAGUUCUUCCUUACAACGAUCAGCCGACAUCUUCGUUAGAAAAUACAUCGGAGGAACCUGAAGCUAAACGACGCAAGUUAUCGCAUCACCGGGUGAAGUGCCAUUAUUGUGGUACUCACGGACACAAAAUAACGGAGUGCCGCAAGAGGAUGCGUAGCGAACAGCGGAACGAUACACGACACCAGGAAAGAAACCGCCCAGCCACAUCGUCCAAGAACGAACGUCGAGUCGACUCCUGCGUGGUAGAGCCUCCAGCUGGUAAAUUAAGUCAUCUGGGUGAGUCGAUCCCAUUUUAUUUCGAUUCCGGAGCCGAAUGCUCAUUAAUCAAAGAAUCCGUAGCCUCGAAAUUUUCUGGCAAACGAACGACUGAUGUAGUAGUAAUGCGAGGCAUAGGGAAUACUUGUGUUAACAGUACAUCUCAGAUCUUAUCCACUGUAUGUAUUGACGGUUUUACAUUGGAGAUAACUUUUCAUGCCCUUGCUGAUAAUUACUUAAAAUACGAUAUCAUGAUUGGUCGUGAAAUUUUGAGCCAAGGUUUCGACGUAAAUGUUACACGAAACAGUGUCGAUAUUUGUAAGACAAAAAUGGUUAACGCUUGUAGCAGAGUCGCGAAAGAUGCGGUCAACAUUAACGAGGUCGACACUGAUGUAGUUGGUAACGAUAAAAAUCGAUUGACUUCUGUUCUCCAAAAAUUCAAAGAGUCAUUUAUUACGGGUUUCCCGCGGUAUCGUGUAAAUACGGGCCAAUUAGAAAUUCGUUUAAUUGAUCCCAACGUUACCGUGCAACGAAGUCCUUAUAGACUCAGCGAGGAGGAGCGGAGAAUAGUCCGAGAAAGGAUAGGCGAACUGAUCCGAGCAAAAAUCAUAAGACCGAGUAGUUCACCAUUCGCAAGCCCUAUAUUACUUGUAAAAAAGAAGGACGGUUCGGAUAGAUUAUGUGUACACUUCCGAGCGUUAAAUAAAAACACCGUCGCGGAUCGGUACCCCCUUCCCCUCAUAGCUGACCAGAUCGCGAGACUGAAAAUACUUUAUAAAGAAAUACUUUAUAAGUCUGGACAUGGCCAGCGGGUUCCACCAAAUCCCUAUCCACCCGAAUUCGACUGA